CAGCUGCAGGUCCUGCAUUGUUCAGUGCAGAGCUGUAGCAACGUUUGUCUGUGUGUCUCUGUUUGUCUGGGACGAUUUGAAAAGAAAAAUGCCCUCCACACGCUCCAAGACUCUGGCAUCCCAGCCUCUGUCCAAAAGGAUGAGUUUGAGGAGUUUCCGCAGCAACCCCCUGGUUCCCAUGGAGACGUCCUCCUCGUCCUCUGAUGACAGCUGUGAUAGCUUUGGCUCUGAUGGAGGCUUCGCAAAUACGAGGAGAUGCUUGAGGCCAACGAGGCGGAUGGCAGAGAAGCCAAAGGUGUUUGAGACAUCUUCAGAGGAGGACACAUGCAGCGGGUUUGAGAACGUUAUCAAUACUCAGAUGAAAGCCAUGAAAGUGGACACUGAAACUCCAAAACGUGGCCGCAGGUCUAGUAUCCUUAAAGUGGCCAUGACGUUUCCAUCCAAAAAGAUCGGCAAGAAGAGACCUGCAUCUGAACCGCUCCCUCAGGUUAAAGCAAAGGACAUGGACUCUGAGGAGGAAGAAAACUUCAUGCACAAGAGAGCCCUGAAUAUUAAGGAGAACAAAGAAAUGCUGGCAAAGCUCAUGGCUGAGCUGAACAAAGUACCCGGUCUGUUUCCAAGACGAAUGGCUUUGUCUGCUUCCACUACGCCCCGCCAGGCACCUCGGCGCUCCAUGGGAACUCCAGGAGUGCGAAGGAGGAACCCUGAGCGCUCGUCUCGGCCCCACACCAGGUCUCGCACGCUGGUGAAUGGGCCCCCCGACCCGGCUCCAGAGGAGGAGCCCGAAGACAAGUUCAGCCUGGUUCGCAAGGGCCGCUACUAUGAAGAGGAUGACGAGCCACCCCGUCGCCGUUCCUUUAAUGGCACUAAGGCCAUCCCACAUGUCGUGCGACCUGUUGAAGAUAUCACUGAGACAGAGCUGCAGAGGAUUUGUGACAACGUGCGGGAGAAAGUCUACAACAGCUCCACCGGAUCGACUUGCCAUCAGUGCCGCCAGAAAACAACCGACACCAAAACCAACUGCCGUAACCCUGAGUGUGUUGGAGUGAGGGGUCAGUUCUGCGGCCCCUGUCUCCGUAACCGAUACGGAGAGGAGGUCCGAGACGCUCUGCUGGAUGCUGAGUGGCAGUGCCCGCCGUGCAGAGGGAUCUGUAACUGCAGCUUCUGUAGGGCCAGAGACGGCCGCUGUGCCACUGGAGUGUUGGUUUACCUGGCUAAAUAUCAUGGCUUUGAUAACGUGCACGCCUACCUGAAGAGCUUGAAAAAGGAGCUGGAAGAGAGCAGCGAAUAAAAGAGGAAGGACGGAGCACAUCCUGGACCUGACCAACCAUCACGUUACACAAACUGUUCAUUGUGUUUGAGGCGUUGUGAAGCAGUGCUUAGAGUUCCUGUUUGGGGAAUUUUAAAUACUUUUUGUAAGUAUCGAUUUACAUUUGGAGGAAUCUCCAAAAGCCAGUUCUCUCUGGCCAUGAGCUUGAAUCAUUUUUCCCCCUCCACAUCUCCCUCUGCCUUCUCAACCUUUUAAAGGCUUUGUGAUUUUUUUUUUUUUGAUCUAGUAGAUGCACCAGCAUGAAACCAAAACAACUCGCGCUGCAUUGUUGUGUUAGCAUGUUAAUGCUAGCGAUCUUUAUUAUGCUCGUAUCUUCAC